GUGUAAGUUUGCUGUCAGAUGAGGAAGUGUUGCUGUGACAGCUGCAGGAGAGGCGGGCGAAAGGCGUGGCCAACGCCAAAAAACAGAAACCAGUGCAUGCAGGUAGGCAGCAUAAAGCCUGACCGGAGCACCGAUCUCUCGGUUACAGUGACUGUCUGCACUUGGACAAUGAGCCGGACUCUCCUAUUGUGGAUCCUCAUCCUAAAUGCCUCACCUGAGCCCUCAGAAAGCCAUGGAAGCCAUGGCUUUGAAGAGGUGAAGGACUACCAGGUUGUCCGACCCAUCAGACUUCAUUCAGUCAGAAAAAGACAAGCCGAGUACAUCAGACCAGUGACAUUAAAGUAUGGAAUGACAUUGGGAGGAAAAAACAUUGAAAUGCAACUACAGAAAAAUGAUGAAUUACUCUCCAAAGACUACACAGAAACGUAUUAUAAAGAAGAUGGGACUCGAGUCACCACCAGCCCCGAAGACAUUGAUCACUGCUACUAUCACGGAAAUAUUGUGGAUGACAACAACUCGUCUGUUAGCAUUAGCACGUGUGAUGGACUAAGGGGUUACUUCAGGACAUCUGCUCAGAAAUACCUGAUCGAGCCUCUGUCAGGAGACGAUGAAGGUGACCACGCAGUGACGACAUUCAGCGAGAAAGAGAAGGAGAAAUUCACACCUGCAGUGUGUGGUGUCACCAACACCAGCUGGAGCGACGACUUCGAACCCCCAACGAGCCUCAGCCGCUCCAGAUCAGGGGGAAUACCGAUUGUUCAGCAACAGAAAUACAUUGAGCUCUUCCUUGUUGCUGAUAACCGUGCGUAUGUGAAGAUGAAGCGAGACCAGACGAAGCUGAGAAAGAGGAUAUUCGAAAUUGUCAACUUUGUCAACAUGGCCUAUAAGCCCCUGAGGACCUUCAUUGCUCUGGUGGGGCUGGAGAUCUGGUCCAACAGGGAUUUGAUCACUGUGACACCUCCAGCUGGGGCAAACCUGGAUGCUUUCAUGAAGUGGAGGAACUCUGAACUGGCCAAGAGGAAGAAGCAUGACAAUGCACAUCUCAUCAGUGGAAUUGACUUUGAAGGAGCGACUGUGGGACUGGCUUUCAUUGGGACUAUGUGCUCUGGUCACUCUGUCGGGGUGGUACAGGAUCACAACGACCGUGCCAUCGCAGUCGGAGCGACCCUGGCUCAUGAGAUGGGCCACAACCUGGGCAUGAGCCACGACGACUCCAGUGCGUGCAGUUGCGUUGGAGACACCUGCAUCAUGGCUGCAGCUCUCAGUUGGGACGUCCCCCGAACCUUCAGCAGCUGCAGCAGCAACACAUACGAGAAGUACCUGAUGAACCGCAGCCCCAGCUGUUUGAUGGACAUACCAGACUAUAGGAGUCUGUCGGCGCCAUCUGUCUGUGGCAACGGGUUCACGGAGGCAGGAGAGGAGUGCGACUGUGGCACUGUGAAGGAAUGCACCAACCCGUGUUGCAAUGCUACCACCUGCAGGCUGUCAGAGGGAUCACAGUGUGCAGACGGCGAGUGCUGUGAGAGCUGUGAAAUCCUGCCUCACUCCAGAGAGUGUCGCAGGAAGCAGGACGAGUGCGACCUGCCCGAGUACUGCGACGGAACUAACAACGUCUGCCCCGAGGACAUGUUUGCUGUGAACGGUCUCCCGUGUGACGGAAGCCAGGGAUACUGUUACAACGGUCAGUGUCCACAGAGGCCAAACCAGUGUGUCAAGAUGUACGGAGCAGGUGCUGUUGAGGCCAAAGCUUACUGCUACAACUACAACACCAGAGGAACCUACUACUCUUUCUGCAAACGUCCAUCUAAAGACCAGUACAUCCCCUGUCAGCAACAAGACAAGUACUGUGGGAAGCUCUUCUGUCAACAAGGUAAAGGAAGCCCAAACUACGGCCGCAUGGUGAGAGUUGGCGACUGCAAGGCGGCUUUUUUCGACGACCACACUAAAGACUUCGGUCAGGUGGACACUGGGACGGAGUGUGGGACUGGAAAAGUGUGCAGUCAGAAUGAGUGUGUGGAUCUUGCAGUAGCUUAUAGAAACGUUAACUGCUCGGCAAAAUGCUCCGGUCAUGCUGUGUGUAAUCACAGGAGUGAGUGUCAGUGUGAGCCGGGGUGGAUGCCUCCGAACUGCGACUCAAGAGACGGAUCUCUUGUUUCUCCUUCUACUGGAAUAAUUAUUGCCGUCGUCGUCGUCGUACUCAUGGUUCUGGGAAUCAUCGGAGGUGUCGUCGGAUUACUCUGGAAGAAACGCAAACUUCCCAUGCUGCCGAUGACACACACACGGAGGAAGCCGGCAGCGAUGUCCAGCUCCGCCCAGCGCCCACACAAACCGUCACCGAUCAUUCAGGUGUCACAUCAGGCUGGAAGACCCAAAGGAGCUCCGCCUCCUCCUCCUCCAGCAGGAAACAGACCCAAACCUCCGGGUCAGAACUACACGGCUGCUCGUCAGGCUCUGAGACCUGUCCCUCACCCAAAGGUGUGACCUGUUAUGAUGAUGAUGACGAUGAUGAUGAUGACGACGACACUCACCUGUCUGUGACCACCGUCCCUAACAAGAAGCUGCUGGAAAAAAAACUGGACCAGAGACAGAAACAUGUUUAUUUGUUUGUUUCCUGCUGCCCGAUGCACUUGUGUGUUUCUGUGUCGGUGAUGUUCACGCUGCUGCAGGAACAACAACAACAACAACAACAACAACGUGAAUUGUUACUCACAUGCACAGACAAUGCAGGGUUUUUCACAACAUUUAAAGCACUUUUUCUACAACAAACCUGAGCGAGGAUCAGCGCUGCCGCUCUGACCCUGACUGUGAGCCAUACUGUGUUUUUUUAUAUUCCUUUAUUAUUUUCUUACAGAAAGUGUAAAUACUAUUGUGCAUGACUGGAUUUAAAAGGGGAUGUAUGUACAAUAUGUGCAACAGCGACCUUCAGUGUUGAAUAUGGGUACUGCAAUGCUAACUUCAAACAUGCCCCACACGAGAGGAUAAUCGGCCAGAUUUCAGCCAACAAUCCGACAAUCUUGGGUGUCUACUGAUUUGAGUCUGAUUUGAACAGAUUAUCUGGCCAAAUCAUGCUGUAGUGUGAGGGAUUAAC